AUGACUAACACAACUCACUGUGAAUGGGGAGUGCAGUGUGCCGGACCCUGUCCUGCUGGUUUCUACUGUCCAAAGGGCACAGAGAAACCUCAAGCCUGCCCUGUUAAUUCCAUAAAGGAAAUCCCUGGAGGAAGCAGCAUACAUGACUGUCUCCCCUGCCCACCCAGACACUGGUGCAAAGAGGGUGAUCCUGAGCUCUACAUGUGUCCUGAGGGUCAUUACUGUGAUGGUAUAAUUGAUUAUGAGUCUGAGGGAAGACCUGGACCAAGAAAGUGUCCUCGGUUUACUUAUAGACCUACUUCUGGUGCAGGAAGCAAAGGAGACUGUCUUCAGUGUCCGGCUGGAACUUUCUGCAAUGCUAUAGGUCUGACUGAUUUCUCCAGUUUCCCCUGCCCCCCUGGGUAUUGGUGUAGUGGUACAGGUUUGCCAGUUCUUUGCCCUGCAGGCACCUUCAGAACUCAACCAGGGGCAAAUGCUUCUAGCCAGUGCCAACUCUGUGGUGCUGGUACCUAUUGCCCUGACCCUCGUCUCACAGGUCAGCCUAACACUGUGGGAAUUCCUUGCAGAGCCUCUUACCAGUGCCCCAUAGGAUCAGUUGUGGAGGACUUGUGUAGAGCAGGCUCAUAUUGUAGGCCACAAACUGGAGAACCCACUCCAUGCCCUGCAGGAUAUCACUGCCCUGAAGGCUCACACACCUACAACACACCACAGCAAAUGUGUCCAUACCCAUAUUACUGCCCAGCUAACACCUCAACCAUGCUGUCAUGUGGUGGUGGCUUUAUGCCCCGUAAUGCCAGUGGCCUAAGAGUGUCUCAGGAGAGCAGCUGCUUAAGGUGUGAGGCAGGGACUUACCGACCCAGUGGGUCUCCUCACCUACGCUGCCUUGCAUGCCCCCCAGGCUACCACUGCCCUCCAGGCACUGAUGACCACAGUAGUCAGCCUUGUCCAGUUGGAUAUUUUUGUCCACGGGGCUCAGCCAAUCCAGUUGCAUGCCCACCUGGCAGCUAUGGCAACAGCACCAAGGCUGAGUUACUUGAGGAAUGCCACCCUUGCCCUCCAGGCACAUUCAACCACCUGUACGCCCAGAGAGCCUGUUUCCCCUGUGGCAGCUCUUCCAUUUCAUCACAAGGGGCAUCCUCAUGCAUGUGCAUAGGCAAAAACCGGGCAUUCCAGCACUCUGAUGGCUCCUGUGUGUGUAAAGCUGGUUAUGUCUUCUACAAUGAAUUGGACUUCAAAAGUUCCAGUGGUGAUAGUGAUCUAGACUGUCAACCUGAGGUGAGCAAACGCUGUGGAACUGGACAAGUGAGACUGGCUUCAUCACAAGACUGUGUCAGUCCCUCUAAACACUCAUGCACCAUUACUUGUGGACCUCAUGGUGGGAGUCUGGAUGUAAGCUUGGGCAUUUGUCACUGUGAGAUGUAUGUCUCUGUGGAGGAGUUGUGUAACUCCUCAUGCUUGUCUGCACUGCCUGUGCUAUCUGCCAGACUGGCUCCAAAUGGACAGCUGGUGCUCAGGAUCAAAGUGAUGGAUGAAAGCAGGAUCUGGAGCAGGAAUAUGAUGAAUGUCCUGGGGCCUGACAGUCAUAUCAGCAGCUUCGGAAAGAUCCACUUUGUCCAGUUUUCUCCAGAUGGAGUGUUUGGUUGGAUUUUAAAGGACCCUGUGCUUAUUGACAUCUUUUUGUCUGAGCCAUUUGAAAUUCUGGAUGGACAUCCAAGGAAGCGAAGACACACCCAUGAGCUAGGAUUACUGAUCUCAGGGCCUCUCCCUCGCAUUCCCAACCCCAUAGCCUGCCUUUCCACCAAUGACAUGCUCAUCUUUCAGCUUACCAUCAACUACACAGACCGUCUCCUCAGCCACUUUCCAGUCUAUCAAAAGAACCAUUUGUUCAGCAGUAACCCUACCUGGGACUUUGGUGCAUUCAGACAACUGGAAGGCCUUGUCAAACAUUCCCGAUUUAAUUCCACCAGAUUUGCACAUGUAUUCAUGGAGCCAGGGAAGUAUGUGUUCCUGGACAAUGCAGUGCCGGAUUGGAGCCUGAUAGUUGUGGUGAAAGAGGAAGGCACUGAGUGUGAUCCUACUGCAGCUGCCUUCCAGCCCACCUCUCCAACACAGCUGGUGCGACACGGGAUUGUCAAACAACAGCGACUCAACCUGUUGCCUGACUGGGGCACCAUUGGAGGGGUCUUGGUGCUGAUGGUGUUACUAAUAGUCGUGUUGACUCUGACUGCCCUGCUUCUGAGACCAAAUCAUGCCAACCUCAUUGCUAAAGGCAGACCAAAGCCUAAAUGGCGCAGCUUGGGAGAACCUACUGUUCCUGUAGCAUAUGUUUACAAUGAAGAGUGUAUGGAUAGCGCUCUACUGGGACUCAGGGGAGUCGGUGAGGGUGCGGAAGAAGAAGAACCUGCUGUGUGCAAAGGAUUCAAGAAUAUAUUCAUGGAGCUGGAAGGAUUCAAUGUCAAAACACUGUACGACAAAUUAGAGGACCAGAAUUUGCAUCUGGCAUCACAGCUGGCUAAGCACCGCAAAGAUACACAGGAGUUCUACAGGAAUAUCUGUCAGCAGACUGAUAUGCUGCGGGAUGUUUUGGAAAACAUGGAGCCCUCAAAACUGAUCCAGUGGAAGAAGAUUAUAGAUAGUAAGGCACAAGCCAAGAAGGAAUCAAUUUAUGUGGAGUCAUCGAUGGGCUUGAUGGAGGCUGUGCUGAAGUCUUUAGAGGCCGUGUUGUUUAGAUUGAAUGGAGAGGCCUGGCAGCAACAGCAGCAGCACAGAGACAGCAGAGAGAGUGAAAUCCACAUCAGAAACACCCAGAUUUCUUCAACUGACACGAGUGAACUGAAAGCACGGCCGGAUACAGAAGCAGCUUCUUCUGGCCAGGGUGGGAGGAAAUAUCUCUCAGUGCCCCCUUUGAGCACAGCACCCUGUGUCAGUGAAGAGGAUCUGGCCAAGCUGGUGGCGCUCACACCUCUCACCAGAACUCUGCAGGACAUACAGCAGUCUCUGCAGGAACUCAGCCACAGGCCCAGAGCACAGGAAGAUAAGAGUAAGACUUUUUAGUUUUUCUUCAAACUCAUCACUUAAUUACAUAUUAGAUUGUUAAACUCU